AUGAAGCUCAGCAAUCUCCUUUCCACUAUCGCCUUGGCGACUGGAGCUUCUGCAAGAAAGGCGUUGACUCCUGAACGAGUGGCAGCUAGUAUCAAUUCGGAAGACUUGCAAGAUGUUCUGCAAAACUUGUACAAGAUUGCGCAGGACAAUGAUGGCAACAGAGCAUUCGGGCUCCCCGGUUACAACGCCUCACUCGAUUUUGUUCUCGCUCGCCUAGGCUGUGGUAACCACUUCGACAUAACUGUCCAGCCAUUCACACACCUAUUCUCUCAUACUCGAAAUAUCACUUUGAUGGGCCCUGGCGGAGAUGAUGUCCAAGUCAUCUCGUUGCAGUAUAACCACGCCACCCCUCCCGAGGGAGUCACCGCCCCCUUGGCUCUCGUUCCAAUUGAUGACGAGCGUGGCUCCGGCUGCUUCCAGGAUCAAUGGAAUGACAUCGACGUGAAGGGAAAAAUCGCCUUGAUUAAACGUGGAAAAUGCCACUUUGCCGACAAACUCAAGUUUGCCAAGGACAAUGGUGCCUCGGCUGCCAUCAUCAUCAACGAUGAUCCCAAGCAGACUGGAGGAUCAGCUUCUCUCGGUGCAGAGAACUUUGGAAAACUUGCGCCUGUUGGAGUCGUUAGUUAUGAUCAAGGUGCUUCCUGGGUGAAGCGUAUUAACCAGGGGGAGAUUUUGGAGGUUGCCCUGUCCAUCGACGUCUUGACCGAGGAUCGAGAAACCUGGCAGAUUAUUGCCGACACGAAGGAGGGCGAUGCCGACAACAUCAUCAUGCUCGGCGCUCACCUCGACUCCAUUCAAGAAGGCCCUGGCAUCAACGACAAUGGUAGUGGUGUUGCCGCACUGCUUAGCAUCGCCGAAUCCUUCAAAAGGUACAGAGGGACAAAGAACAAGGUUCGUUUCGCAUUCUGGGGCGCAGAAGAGAGUGGGAUGAUUGGUUCUUUUCACUAUGCUUCCAAUCUCUCUAAAGAAGAGGCGAGCAAGAUCCGAUUCUACUUCAACUACGACAUGAUUGCCUCUCCACAGCCAUACUACAUAGUGUAUGCCGACUCGGACGCACACAAGACUGGGGCUCGUUUUCUUUUUGAAUACUUGAGAGACCAGGGCUACCCUGCCGAUCCCUUUGGAAGCUCAUCUGACUACAUCGGUUUUCUCGAGCUCGGUAUCCCCUCGUCCGGCAUAUUCACUGGCGCAGGAGCUCCCCAAGACGCAUGCUACCACACCUCGUGUGAUGACAUUAACAAUAUCAACAAAGAGGCCUUGCUGGUAAACGCAAAGGCAGCGGGUUUCGCAGCGGCAAACCUUGCUCUGAAUGUCGAUGAUGUUCCGGAACACGAAACCAUUAGUGUCAAUCCUAAGAGCAAGCGUGGUAUAUCGAGAAACAUGGCAAGAUGGGCCAACGUUGCCAGAGGUGCAGAGAAGGUGCAUAGUUGCGGGAGCGAGAGGAAGGUGUUUAUGUGA